AUGGAGUGCGAGGAAGAGGUGAUAGCCACCAGCGAUGGACAGAGAACGAUCAAACACAUCGAUGUCAACGUCGACGAGGACUACUCAAUCGAUCGCAUCACUCCAACAUCCAAUGGUGGCGCGAUGAUCAAAUCAGCAUGCAACACCGAUAUGUUCGACACGCCAUUCGCUCGCAUCAUGCCAUUCAUCAUAUCUCGUGGUCGCAAGAUGAUUGGAACGAUAAUAAAGGAUGACAUUGCCAACAUCAAACGUGUGCACACCGAUGGAUUCGUCUCGACCAAGCCCUGGACUGUCAAGGCUGGCAAGAAGUCAUUGGAUUAUCCCAAGUUGGGCAAGGAGUGUGGCGACCUGCGAUAUGAGGGCUACUGCCCCGACGCCAUCGUCAAGAACAUGAGCAAGGUCGAGGGAACGUUCAUUAUUAAAUAA